AGCUCUGGUUAAGUUAAAAUUCCGAAAAUUAAGAGACAGAUUUACCACGUAGAUCGUUUAUCUGAAGCGACAAACUGAUUUUGAGGAAAUUCGGGAACUUUUGCGCAAACUGUGUGUUUGUUGCGUAAUCCUCGUCAGCUGAGCCGCAUGAGACAGCAAGGAGCUUCUCCUUGGCUGGAUUUAGAAGCUAAAAGUUGGAGGAAUUUAACAGAAAACGUGGACUAUAUUACUAAAUAGACACUUAUAAUUUAAAAAACGAUACUCUAACACAUACAAAGCAGGUACUGAUCCUUUCAUUGCGGUGGUAAAGACCGCUCAGUGUGAAAGAGGAGAUAUGUUGAUAAAGCUAAACACCCUAAAAUAAGAUCACCUGCUGUUUUUAAUGAUCAUCGCGUUGCAGGCUAAUAAAAAUGCUGUCAUUCGUGGUUGUAACGGAUUAGUAACAACGCCUCUUUUGGCUGAAAGCUCCAGUAAGCAGACUCAGAUCGACCUGCAAAUCAGAUCAGUAUCUAACACCUACUGAUCCUCUGUGACCUGUGGUGGUUUUGUUGCUGCACAAUUGCACUUUGACAACGUCUCAGUCAGGAAAGCAUGUUUGGUAUGUGACUGCUGAAACAUGCAGGUGUGUGAGACCACUGUGGCCCCUUUAAGUGAGCCUGCUUGGGAGAUGAUGCCUCAUAUAAUUUAGGCUGACCGUUUUGGUUUUGUGUUUAACACAAACACAACAAUCUCAGCGUGGGUGGUUUUUGAGGUCGACGCAAUGACUCUGUUUUCAUUCCGUGUAAGUGAUCACAGAGAUAUAAUAUCUUCAAAUUGAGACUAAAUCUGCCACUUUAACAGGACUGCACAGUAGUCACUCAGGCUGAGUUUUUAAAUGGGGCCAUCACAGUACUAACAUGACUCGUGAAGCAAAAGCAGUCCUUUUGUUGUUGUUGUUGCUUUGCUGCACAGUAUGUUUAACUUGUUGUUGUAGGAGAGAAGUUAGAUUAGGUUCAGGCUCCAAGUGCUUUAAAAUGUAAUUUUUGGGUGAACUGCCCCUUUAUGCAGCAUGAUGAAUCAGUAGUUAGUUGACAGUUGACUCUAACUUGUCCAUAGGUAAUGAAUGUGGCGUGAAUGGUUGUCAAGGAGUCUGCCUGUUGUCCUGUGACAACUGAGAUAGUCUGCAGCCCCACCUCAAGCUCCCUGAACUGGAUAAGUAGAAGAAAAUGGUGUUCGGUCUUUGCAGACCCUGAGAGAGCAAGUGGUAAAUUUACAGCAGGCGAGAGUACUCUGCUGCUCUGUGUCCAAUUAAGUAGUUUAAUGCAGCUCAAGUCAGAGCACCUUUCAUUAGAGAGAUUCAGGAGCUCCAUAUUUUCCACCUUUAGUUUUGAUCAGAGACUAAAUCCUCCCCACCAUCGAGGUCAGGGAAUGAGCCACUCACCAGCUGUUCCUUGCUAGAGGGGCUGUGUUCCUUCUUUAAAAUACCUUUGAUGGUGAUUUACUGCUUUCAUGUCAGGCAGCAUGCUCGGUCAGCUCACGUUUUUUUCUUUUUCUUCUUUGUAAACUCACGUGUGACUUACCAGUAAAAUUUUGAUGUCUUUCAUGCUCGAAAAUUCUUCCGCCAAGUGUUGAAAGACCGAAAGAGAGCGUUUUGGUUUAUGCACAGGCAUUAUUGAUGCUGUGUGUAAAUUAAUUGAGCCUUGGUUUAUUGCUAUAUUUUUGAAAUCCUCAAACUUUUAGCUGGGCCUUUUAUUCUUCUCAAACUUUCUGUCCUAUAUACAUUGUUACAAUAGUGUAUUCUAAUAUUUAACAUGACCAGGGGGGCAGAGCGAGGAUGAUGAAGGACUGCACUAAGGGUCAGUAUAAAACAGAUCAUUAUAUGGACGUAGAAAUUUUAUGAUGACAUAUUUAAUAACGUUCAGGCGUGCACUGCCUGUCGUACAUACUGAUCAUAAAUAGAACCCGUGUGUACCAUGAGACAGACACAAAUGACCAGGAUGGAUCAGAUCUCACAUUCGUCUUGGUGUGUGUUGCUCUAAAGCCUAAGAUUUUGACGCGAGGACUGCAAAGAUGCUUUUAUUCUCUCCCACUCUUAGCUGGGGUAUGUUUUAGAUUAGGAAGUUGUAGGAGUUGUCUACAUGUGAGGACAUGACAUGAAGGUCAAAUAAACUAGUUUCUUAUAGGGUCUUGUCCAGCACCUCCAAUGCAAACUCUCUACACACACUUAUUAUUUUGGACCGUAGUCUAAAAUCACAUGGAGCUGUACAGACCACAAACAGAUACUUUCCUAAUUUGUUUCCCUAAUUUUGCACAGACAAGAUUUUAGUUCUACUUGUUAAUGCAGCUAAUAGUUUAUCAUUGUGGUUAAGUGGCAUAUAUAAUAAGUGGGACAAAGUUCAGUGUGACCACCUAUAGCAGAUGACCUUGGGGGAUUGUAUUUGUUUUUAUCGCUGUGACACAAACACGGAGAAAAACUCCCUCUCCCACUAAAGACAAUAAAACUGCGCCUUGUGUGAGGAAAGCAUGCAUGUAGCUGCCUUUCAUAGGUUGCCUUACUGAAUGCUUCAUGUUAGUGCACACUUUGGAGGGCAAUAACAUGUGUCUAUUUAAAUGCCUUUUUGCAUAAGAAAACAGGAUGUAGAUUUUAAAAAUCCUCUUUCUUUCUCCGCAGGAUAUGAUUUGCUUCAAUCUCCACAUCAUUCAGAUUAUUGUUUAUUUAUUUAUUUUUUACCACCACUUUUUUCACCAGGAGUAAAAAAAUUGUUUACUGUAUGCUUAAAGGCGAUGUGGGACAAUUAUCAGCGACCACGAUCGUGAUUAAGCUUUCUGCGGUACAGCACAGACAUGCACAUCUUUGCCCCUUGGUCUUCUGCUUAGCUGCAGCAGCAUAGCCCACACCAACUAAACCUCAAGGUGCUGCUCCUCAGCCCAAUAACACUUUGGCACUGCAGCGCCGCCCUUCUUGCUCACGCCUGCGUGUGAGCCACAGAGACACAUCGCGGCGUCAUUGGACAAAACCGGGCGAUAUGUAAGAGCGGCACCUGCACGUGUGUUUGCAUGUGAGCUGGGCAGGCUUUGCUAGUCAGGACAUGAUCCGAGCUGUUUGUCCCACUUUUUGUGCAGUUUUUUCUUCUUUUUGGUUUUUCUGUCAGAGUAUAUCAAUUAAUAUAAUCUUCAAGUAUUUCUGAUUAAUAUCUGAUUUGGGUUAGAUGGUUAUAGUUAUUGCCUGUUCGUAAAUUUAGAAAAGGUGCUAUAAACCCUCGCUGUCUGUGUUUAUGUGAUCGUAUAACAUUAAAAGAACUGGAAAGAAAGUUAAAUAACCGAAUAAGGGUGGGAAAAAACUCGGUUAAAAUACGUGUUGCAAUAGUUUUUUUUAUAUCUUAUUUAGGUGAACAUGUAUAUAACUCGGUCAACCAAUGAGAGCGCAGAUAGUUUUCAGGAACACGCCCCCUCGCGCUGUAAUAUUAAUAUUCAUGAGGUCAGACUCAGCCGGCCAAUCAACACAAAGCCAACAGGAGGUUUUUUCACAAGGAGGCGCGGUUUGUUCUAAAAAACAAAAAACCAAACCUUUCGACUGUCACGGUUACCGAGGAAGUGGGUUAGAGAAGCUCUAGUGGAUGCUAUCGCGGAUAAAAUUCGUUUGAGUGGAUUUUGAAGCAGUCUGUGACGGCGGUUCAGCGGGCUGAGGAGCUGGCGUUAUCAAGCUAACGAGCUAACCCGCCGUGUUUGCAUCUUUUUUUUUGCACUUGCUCCGCGGUGAACUUUGAAUAAUAAAGAGACAAUAAAAAAGAAUUAUAAAAAUGUCUGGAGAGCCACUUCUCGUCACGGUGGAGACUGCCGCUGGGGCCCCGAGUUCAUUCCCGCUGGUUUUGAAGAAAAUAAUGGAAAUGCCUCCGCCGAAUAUACUGGACGGAGACGACGACACCGACAAGGAAAAGCUGUGUCUUGGAGACACCGGUGACUUGGGUGGAGGAGGGAGUGACAUGGGUCCUUCGGCCGCUCUGACCCCAGCUAUCUGGGAGAAAACCAUCCCCUAUGAUGGUGAGAGCUUCCACCUGGAGUACAUGGACCUGGAGGAGUUCCUCAUGGAGAAUGGCAUUCCCACGUCACCAGAGGAGAACUUAAAGGGCACGCCAGAAGGAGACGCCAUGAAGACGGAGAACCAAAAGGCUACGUCCUCUGCACAGACAAAGAUCACCAAGCUAGUGUCUCCAUUGACUCUGCUGCCCAUUCAGGAGCUGGACAAGAGUCAGGAGGAAGUGGUGAUCAUCACAAAGAGUGAUUCUGACAUCACCUGUGAUGUUGUUACAGAGGUGACCACUGACGAGGACAGGGUGACUCCUGAGCCCAUCAUCCCUGAAGAAAUUGAGGUUGAGGUCAACUACGAGCCAGAUCCUACAGAUUUGGUCCUGUCGAGCGUGCCCGGGGGCGAACUGUUUGACCCGCGCAAACACAAGUUCUCUGAAGAUGAUCUCAAGCCACAGCCUAUGAUUAAGAAGGCCAAGAAGGUGUUUGUACCCGACGAACAGAAGGAUGAGAAAUACUGGCAGAGGAGGAAGAAGAACAACGUGGCGGCUAAACGUUCCCGCGACGCCCGCAGGCUGAAGGAGAACCAGAUCACUGUCCGAGCUGCGUUCCUGGAGCGUGAGAACACGGCGCUGCGGACGGAGGUGGCCGAGCUGCGGAAGGAAUGCGGCCGCUACAAGAACGUUGUGGGGCGAUAUGAAAACAAAUACGGACCACUGUAAGGGACGAGGAAAACACACAUGCGAAUACACAAAAGGACAUGCAAACCGAACAGUGUCAAUAUUUAGAAAGAUAGAUAUUUUUAAGACCUGAUCUUUUGCCAUGUGACCGGAUACAAACCUACCGUACCGCUGAAGAGAGGGAUGGCCUUAGCUGGAAGAGAGGGGGAGGAAGAGGGGAGAAUGAGACCCCUGUAUAGCCUACACUGUGAUGAAAGUCCGUCAGGGGGGUUGAUUUGAAUAAUUGUGAGUGUAUUUGGUGAACAAACCUGCUUUCAUUUGAGUCACAAUAACGUGAGAAUGAGUAAAACAGCAGAGGCUUUCCUUCCAUGUGGUACCUAAGAAGGUAAAGGGAGAGGAGCCUAAAGCCUCACUCAGCCUUCAUGUUGGAUAUUCUACUUUACAAUAACUUCUUGGUAGUCCCACACACCAGCCUUCAGAGCUGCCAGUUGCUGAUGGAAACAUUGCUUAAUACUGGCCUCUCUUCUCCCCCCUUCCUUCAUUGUCAUUCAUCCUUGUUCUCUUCUCUUUUAAGAGCGGUGCCAGAUGACGAAUAGACAACAGUUGAUUUAUUCAUUUAUUUUUCCUAAUGAAUAAAUAAAUCCUUUGGUUGUUACAUGGAAGAAGAGGAUGAAGAACAGACGAGCAUGUGUGAGGGCCGAUGCUGCCAGCGAGAUGUUAUAGCAUGUUAAGAUAUCAAUUUUUUAAAAAUCAUUAUUAUUAUAUUUAGCAUCUGUGCAAGUGAGAGGGGUGUGUGAGGAUAUUCAAGUGCUUCUUUGGUGCACCUCGCUUCUGAGGUGUCAUUUUUUUAUCAUGUUUUGUACGACUGAUGCUGAGAUGAGAUUGUUUGUGAUGUUCGGGCUUUGAUUUCUACAUACAGUAGGUUUGGUUUUGUUUUUUAGGUGGCACAUGUAAUGGUUUAGGCUACAUGGCUUCCUUAUUGGGGUUUGCAGGUUGCUUCCAGCAGUUUUCAUAGCAGUUUUAUAUCAUAAUGUAAGAGAUUGUGCAAAGAGUUGGGCUUUUCUUUACCCACAAAGACUUCUUUUUUUGACUGUGACAUUUCCAAUAACCUAAAAGCUUCUUCAGGGGAUUUCUGUGACUUGGCAGGAAAAA